AUGCAUGGGAGCAGGUACAGUUCUGAGGCCUAUGUGCUGUACAGGUCUGAAGAUGAGAACACGACGCCACCACCCCGCGGAUACCGUAUAAAUGAAGAUUAUGGCCCUUCCAUGCUGGGAGCAAUCUGGACGACAUGGUCUAUUGCUGUCAUUUUCGUCGCCUUGAGAUUUUGGGCGCGUUCCAGGGUUGUUAACGGGCUUGGGGCAUCGGAUUGGUGCAUCUUGUUUUCUCUGAGUGCAAAGCCUAACGAAGUCACAGAAAUCGCACAUGGUAUGGGCAAACACCUAUGGAACGUCGAUUAUAAGGCCGAUUACGUGCCUCUAAUGGCGGGAUUCUGGGCUUCCGCCUUGGCUUACUUCUCCUCGCUGGCGAUGACCAAGAUCUCCAUCUGCCUGUUAUAUCUCACCAUAUUCACCGUGGAAUCGGCACGUAGGGCUACAUAUGCUGUCUUCGUCAUCGUCUGUGUUACCAGUGUCUACACGAUUAUAGUAAUCUGCACAGCUUGUGUACCACUGCGAGAUUACUGGGAUCCGCUUCAACCUUGGGGGCUUGGAUUACCCAAACCAAACUGUCAUACAAACCAGUGGUACUGGAGCUGCACAGGUAUGACAAUCAUCACGGAUUUUCUCAUCUUUCUUCUGCCCAUCCCAAUCGUCGGUCCUUUGAAGUUACCCGCGCGACAAAAGUUUUUCGUUAUCGGCAUCUUCGCCGUGGGCUUUGUUAUCUGCAUCAUCUCACUCGUCCGCGUCUUCUACCUCUACGCUUCCCAAGACAUAUCACAGAAGGAUAUCACCUUCAGCACCGGCAAGCUCAACUAUUGGACCGCACUCGAAGUCCACACCGCCAUCGUCAUCGCCUGCGUCAUGACCCUGAAGCCUCUCAUCGUCCGCUUCUUCCCUGGCUUCCUCGACCCGCGCGCCAACAACAGCAGCGGCGAACAAGGCGCCACAGGCGAGCCAACCGCCGCCAGUAGCGAACCACCCCUGACGGUAGGCAGGAGGCCAUGUCGCAACGCAUUUGGGCAGCGUCUCUCAGUGAUCGAAGUUCCCGAGACCAGUGAGCAACAGCAGCAGUCCGGCCCGGGGCCAACGACGACGGCGACAGCAACGUGGGAUGUCGCGUUAAGCGAGAUACCAGUGAGUGGUCGGGAGCGAUACCACCAGUUUUUACAUCCUUCUUUUCCUCUAGCGGCUGGAAGGACGUCGUCGGAUAGUAGGCCGUCAUAUGAAAUGAAGACCACAACAACAACGACGAUGACGACGACGAAUUAUAACACUACGACAACAUCGGCAGAGUCGAUGAAAGCGAAUAGCGAUACUACUUCUGUUACUGCGUCGUAUAGGGAGGAGGACCUGGAUAGCACGGCUAAUCUCAAGGGAUUUGUGCAUGUCCAGAGUGAUGCUGUUUCGGUGCAUACUGGAGACCGGGAGUUAGGGCCGGAGCAUGCUGUUAGGUCGAUGUGA